AUGGAUCUAACGUCAACAUCGCAGUCCACCACGAAGGACAAGCCUGCCAAGAAGAAGGAAGAAGACCCCAAGGCCCCUGUCAAGGGCGCAUCGCGUUCGAGCUCUGCGCCUGCCAUGGCGACGAUUCAGGAUGAUGACGAACGGUUGUUGGCCCGCAUCGGCUAUAAACAAGAAUUGAGACGCGAAUUUUCCAAGUGGUCUACAGUUUCGUAUGCGAUAUCCAUCCUGGGCGUACUCGGGUCCGUCCCGGCGACUUUCGCGUCUCCGUUGGCGGCUGGGGGGCCUGCCACCGCAGUGUGGUGCUGGUUCAUCGGGUCGUGUAUGGCCAUGUGCAUUGGCAGUUCCGUGGCAGAGCUAGUGUCUGCUUAUCCUACCGCUGGAGGCAUGUACUUCGUCACUAAACAUGUCGUGCCCGAGGACCAAGUGGCAAUCUUCGCUUGGGUUCAGGGUUGGUGCAACCUCCUGGGCCAGACAGCUGGAGUAUCAAGUGUCGCGUACACGGUCAGCCAGAUGCUACUGGCGUGCGUCAGUAUGAAUUCAACCUUCAAGGAUGGACAGUAUUCGUACUCGCCGACUGCGCUGGAGACGGUUCUUGUGUCGAUCGGAUUGCUGUGCGUCAUGGGCGUCAUCUGUUCCCUCACGACGAAGAGUCUGCACAGAAUCGUUCUGUGGUUUGCACCCAUCAACAUUCUGGCCUCGAUAGGCAUUUGUGCGGCGAUUUUGCUAUUGACGCCAGAGAAGCAAUCCGCGAAGUGGGUUUUCACCAAUGUGACCGACGGAUCUGGCUGGGGCUCCAAGGUCUUUUCUUUUCUCCUUGGCUUCCUCUCGGUGGCUUGGACGAUGACCGAUUAUGAUGGAACGACACACCCGACCGGUAUGCCAGCGGCACAGAUCUUUCUCAAUGCCGGUGGCCGAAAAGGAGGAACCAUCAUGUGGUUCUUUGUCAUUCUCGUUCAGUUCUUUACCGGUUGCUCUGCCAUGUUGGCAGACACGAGAAUGGCCUAUGCCUUUGCCCGUGAUGAGGCACUCCCGUUUUCCAACGUCCUUGCCAAAGUGAACCAAUACACGCAUACCCCGGUCAACGCCGUGUGGUUCGUGGUGUUCUUCAGUAUCUGUCUAAAUUGCAUCGCCAUCGGAUCGACCGAGACGGCCACAGCGAUUUUCAACAUCACAGCGCCGGCGCUUGAUGUGUCGUACAUCUCGGUGAUUCUGGCCCAUCAGCUCUACAAGCACCGCGUGAGAUUCAUCGAGGGGCCAUUCACGCUGGGGAGAUGGGGGACGCCGAUCAACAUUAUUUCUAUUACCUGGGUCAUCUUCAUCAGCGUCGUUCUCUUCUUCCCUCCAACACAACCGGUGACACCGGCGAACAUGAACUACGCUGUUUGUGUGGCCGCGUUUAUUGCCAUCUUUUCGCUGUCGUGGUGGUGGCUGUCAGCUCGAAGGAAGUAUACUGGUCCUCGCACGAAGGAUCUCAUCGAAGCGAUCAGGACGGAAGACUACGAGGAAAUCUACGACCCACCCAACAAUUUCGAAGUGUGA